AUGGAUCAAAUGAUGGGAAAUGGGGAAGGAGGCCCUGCCGGAUUUCCGCUAGAAACUUGGUUUUGGGAAAUGCCCGUUUGUACAAGAUGGUGGACGACGGCUACAGUCAUUACAAGCGCGCUGGUUCAAUGUCAAAUUGUUACGCCGUUCCAGCUAUUCUACAGCUUUAGAGCUGUAUUUGUUAAGUCGCAGUAUUGGCGCCUCUUGACAACUUUCAUAUACUUUGGUCCUUUAUCUCUGGACCUCGUUUUCCACGUAUUCUUCUUAACCAGAUACUCGCGACUCCUUGAAGAAUCAUCCGGUCGAUCUGCGGCGCAUUUCUCAUGGCUGUUACUCUAUGCGAUGACUUGUCUUAUCUGCAUAAAUCCUCUGGUCUCAAUGCCAUUUCUAGGACACCCAUUAUCCUCAACUCUCGUAUACAUCUGGUCGAGACGAAAUCCCGAUACACAAUUGAGUUUCCUCGGAUUACUGGUUUUCACGGCUCCAUAUUUACCCUGGGUUUUGAUGGGUUUCAGUUUAGUUUUACACGGGACAGUUCCAAAGGAUGAAUUGAUGGGAAUAGUCAUUGGUCAUGUUUGGUACUUCUUUUGCGACGUUUAUCCACCGCUACACAAUGGACAUCGUCCAUUUGAUCCACCAAUGUUUUGGAGAAGAUUAUUUGAUAGACAACCAAGAGAAGAAACAGCGGACGCAAUCAAUAAUGAUAUUGCAAUGGCCGCAGCGCCAGGGCCGGAAGUAAGGUAA